GGAGGAGCCUGGAGGGCGGGAGCCGGGGGCACCCAGCGCGCGGGGCCGGCGAGGCGCCUGCCUAGCCGCCUUCACUGGGGACGGGCCGCUGGGAUCGCGACGGCACCGAGGGGGGCCCCCGGGUAACCCCAGUUACCUUCCCGGCCCCGGCAACUGGGCGUCGAGCGCCCCGACCGACCCGACCCGACCCGCUUGCCCCGGGGCUGCGCCGCUGUGCCCGCGGUGGGCUCGGGGCGGGAUGCGGGCGCGGGAUGCGGGCCGGGCCUCGGCUCACCGCGGGCGCCCGUUCCGCACAGCCGCCGGGACCCCGGCUCCCGCCACCGGCGGCAUGAACCUCAGCAGCACGAGCAGCGCGGCCGAGAGAGUGCCCAGGGUCAUGCUCUGGGGCUGUGAGCUAAACCAGGAGAAGCGGACUUGCACGGUCAAAGCCCAGAAGGAGGGGAAGCAGGACUGUAAACUGCUGCUCAGUACGAUAUGCUUGGGGGAGAAAGCCAAAGAAGAGAUGAACCUCGUGGAAAUCCUGCCGCCAACCUGCCAGGAAGACAAGAAGACCAAGCCCAUCACCAUUGCCUCGCUUCAGGCCUCCGUGCUACCCAUGGUUGUCUUCAUGGGAUUGGAGCUUUCUCCUCCAGUCACUUUCCAGCUGCGGGCUGGCUCUGGGCCUGUGUUCCUCAGUGGCCAGGAACGUUACAACCUACCCUGGGAAGAAGAGGAGGAGGAGGUGGAGGAGGAGGAAGAAGAGGAAGGUGACAGCGAGGAGGUUGAUGACGACGACGACAAUGAUGAUGAUGAUGAUGAUGUAGAUGUGUCCCUAGAGGAGAACACCCCUGUUAAACAAGUCAAGAGGCCGGGAUCCCAGAAGCAGACAAGCGUUGCCAAGGUGAGGGAAGGGACCCCUAGAGGCUCCUCAGAAACCCAGCCAGGUCUUUUGCACGGAGUGUGCCUGAUUGUGCCGAAGCCUAGGCAGGGCUGCCAGUUGCUCAGCCUGGGUGCUCCGCCCAGGUGCCCCACGGGCAUCCGCUCUGACCCUGGGCCCCACCCUAACUGGCCCAACACCACUGUUUGGUUCCCAGAAAAAAAAGGUGGAAAAAGAAGAGGAGGCAGUGAGGUAACUUUUUCCAUCUAUUAACUUGGCCAAAAUCUUGUAGCAGGGGUGCAUGGGGCCAGAAAGGGCCUGGCCUGUGUGCACACGGGUACGAGUCCCCUGCCGGCUGCCACACCUCCUGGAAAAGCAUGAAAGUAUUCUUACCUUCUGAUCAAAUUCCACUAUGGCGAUUCCUUCCCAAAGAUCCCAUCCAAAAUAUGGGAUUUUGUAAAAUGAUAGGCACCGAGAUAGGCAUUAUUUAAGUAGUAGUAAAAAUGGAAGCAUUCUAAAUGUUAACCAAUGUACUAGCUAAUUAAGCUAUGUCACAUUUUCCCAAUGGAAUGUGACCUAAUGUCUAUGAAGAAUAUAGCAUACUGGGAAGUGUUUAUAGAAUUAAAAAAGAUAGGAUAGUAAGCCACUUUCAUGUUAUUUCACAUGUUUUUAGAAGAAAACAAAGCAAAAAGCCCAAAAGGAAACACACCAAAAUGUUAAUACUGGUAGGGAAAUAAAAUAAGUAACACUCUCUAUUUGCUAUAUUUUGUGGCACUUAGUUAAACAUUACUUUUAUGAUGAAAAAGACCUAUUUGUGAUUGAAAAAAGAAAGCAGUUGGACGCCUGAGAAGAACAAGACAUGUUAUUUAGAAUAAGAGCGAGUCAGAGUGGUCGCCGGCAGGUGACAGGUGGAGAGGUGAAUUCUGCAGCCCCCAACUCUCCCAGUGGGCACGAAGAGGGUCUGUGCUACUGGUGUCAGGCUGAACACUCUCUCCUUCCCACCCACUCCCCCCUCCCUGCUCCACCCCCACCCAAUUCCAGAUCCAGUCUUAAAGACAAGAGUCCUGUGAAAAAGGUGAGUAUCAGAAGAAGGGGUGGGGGGGAGGCGGUCAGAUGGAGGGAGUGGGACAUGGGCACCCUCCCUUCUCUCUGUAGGCCAAACCCACAUUCAAACCUAAAAAGCCCGGAUCCAAGAAAUGAAGGGCCAGGAGGGUCCUGGCUGCAGUGACCGAGGGAGAGCCAGCUAGAGCACCGUGCAGGCUGGCCUUCCUUCCUCGGCACGUUCUGCAGGUUCCCCCCACCACCAGCCUCUCUCCAUCUGAGUCUGAAUGGGAUGGAGCUAUUAGGGGCGACACAAGAGACCCUCAGCCCAACGCAAUUUUCAGCAGGACCUGGAGGGAAACUCCAGCCUCAGGGCCACAAUAAAAUUUGCUUUGCCAGGA